UAUAUUCCCCCGCCAUUACUAGAAAACUUCAACUUAACAAAGAAAAAAAAACACAAAAGAAUCAGAGUUAAGGGGAGGAGGAUACCGUCUUCAUGGAGGCGAAGAAGGAGGUUCCGGUUCCAGUUAUGGAGUUGGAGAGUGAAGAGUCAUCGACGGAGGAGGCGGAGGUGGAGUCGCCGAGAUCGGUGGUGGUGGAGAUGAAGAAGAAAGUGGAGAGAGUUCAUAGUCAGGUUUUGAGGAUAAGAGAAGAGGAAUCACAUCUUGGCGAAGAUCUCGUCGGCCGUGACAAAGAGAAUGAGAAUGACGUCGUCGUCGUCGUUCGUGGAGGUUUCCAUGAAAAACGACGACGUGGUGUCAACGUGGUUCUUGCCUGCUCGCCUCUCAGCGGCAAGAACAAUGUUAAAACGCCUUGCGGUAAAGCUACUUAAAUCUAUUACCUCCAUCAACCAAUCAAGGGAGAAGGAUUAGCUAAGGGUAUCAAGGGGGAAGAGUCGCGGUUUUAACCUUAGAUUGAGAAGUCUUUUAAUCUUUAGAUCAUGAUGUACAAAACAGUUUCAAUUGUACAAUAUGGAACCGUAUCAACAGCUGAGCUCACGAAAAUAGUUAGCAAGUAA